GGGCCUGGCCUGCAGGAGGCUUCCAGGAAAGUACAGCAAAUGAAUCCCAGAGCCCUGCCUUCUAGAGUUGCAUAUACAGCGACAUGCAUGCUCUUUAUACGUGUCCCCACAGACAGGGACACAUACUCAUUUUCAUCCUGGGGCAAUGACUUGAGGCCAGGAAGGGAGCUCUGGGGGCAGGAGGUGCCCUAGAGCCUGCAAACCGUGGGAAAGCCUCCUCCAGGAGGGGGCGUGGGCGAUGGUGGCCGCAGGGUAAUAAAAACCUUUGGAGACCCUCUAGUCUCCCUGCUCCUGAGGAGUGGCCAGGAGGAGGAGUAGGGAGCAGAGCCAAGCUCCAAGAAUCCCUCUGAGGUUGUGUCCUGGGCAGAGGUUGUGUCCCCAGGAUCCCUUGGAGAGCCAGCUCCAUCCUCUCCGGGCCAUCUGAGCUUUUGGCCAUGGUGGAAGGAAAGAGGAGGGCGGAAGUGAGCUCUGGAAAGUGGGAAGAGGGGGGGUAUGUGGGAAGACCCAAGGCGGGAUCCAGGCUUUGGAACGUUGGAGGUUUCCGGCCACAGAGGCAGGGCCUCAGGGGAGCCAAGAGAGGCGGGGAGAGACACACACACACACACACAGAAGAGCAGGGACCAACAGACAAGCAGACGGUGGACACAGACAAGAGCUGGGAGGGAAGGGACCAGGGGCUAGUGAUUUGUGUGCACUCCAGUUCCCAGAGACAUCCCCUUCCCAGAGAUCCCUCUGCAGCCUUGAGUGCUGCGGAGCCCAGUCUGAUGCAGGCAGCCUGGCUGCUUGGGGCCCUGGUGGUCCCUCAGCUCCUGGGCUUCAGCCAUGGGGCUAGAGGAGCAGACCGAGAAUGGGAGGGGGUCUGGGGAGGCGCCCAAGAGGAGGAGCGUGAGAGGGAAGCCCUGAUGCUGAAGCAUUUGCAGGAGGCCCUGGGGCUGCCAGCUGGGAGGGGGGAUGAAAAUCCUGAGGGAAUCCCUGAAGACAAGGAGACCUGGGGAACCGAGGAGGACGGUCAGGGGGAGGAAGAGGAGGAAGCAACGGCAACCCCGUACACUGGCCCCAGUCCCUCUCCCACCCCUGAGGACACCGUCACUUAUAUCCUGGGCCGCCUGGCCGGCCUGGACGCAGGCCUGCACCAGCUGCACGUCCGUCUGCACGCGUUAGACACCCGCAUGGUCGAGCUGACUCGGGGGCUGCGGCAGCUGCGGGAGGCGGCAGGCGACACCCGCGACGCCGUGGAAGCCCUGCAGGAGGCGCAGAGCCGCGCGGAGCGCGAGCACGGCCGCUUAGAGGGCUGCCUGAAGGGGCUGCGCCUUGGCCACAAGUGCUUCCUGCUAUCGCGCGACUUCGAGGCGCAGGCAGCGGCGCAGGCGCGGUGUGUGGCGCGGGGCGGGAGCCUGGCGCAGCCCGCGGACCGCCAGCAGAUGGAGGCGCUCACGCGCUACCUGCGCGCGGCGCUCGCCCCUUAUAACUGGCCAGUGUGGCUGGGCGUGCACGACAGGCGCGCCGAGGGACUCUACCUCUUCGAGAACGGCCAGCGCGUGUCCUUCUUCGCCUGGCACCGCGCGCCCCGUCCGGAGCCCGGCGCCGGGCCCAGCCCCGCGCCGCACCCGCUCAGCCCCAACCAGCCCAACGGCGGCACGCUGGAGAACUGCGUGGCGCAGGCCUCGGACGACGGCUCCUGGUGGGACCACGACUGCGAACGCCGCCUCUACUACGUCUGCGAGUACCCCUUCUAGCGGGGCCGGUCCUCGCGUCUCCAGUCCAGCCCACCACUCGCCCUCUGGCUGGGCUGUUCAUCCUGGAGAAUGCCCUUCCCUCCCUCUCUCCCUGCCCACGGAUGGAAGUGUGUACCCCCCCUUGGCUGGACGAUCCCGGGGGGCUUUCUGCGGAGCCGAGAGCCCUUACACUCCUGUGUCUUUCUUGGCAUCAGGCUAAGUUCCGCGCUAAUAAAGCCUUCUGGAAUCUGACUUGA